AUGGAUAAUGCGUAUGGUGUUCAAACUCCUCAUCAACCUUUCAUGAUGCUUCAAAGGAACAAGUGUAACGAAAGGCGAGGCCGGAGGAAAUCAAACGACCCGGGGAGGUUUCUGGGCGUCAGACGGCGGCCAUGGGGUCGAUACGCUGCUGAAAUCAGGGACCCCACCACCAAGGAAAGGUAUUGGCUCGGCACUUUCGACACGGCUCAAGAAGCCGCACUCGCUUAUGAUCGAGCUGCCAUCUCCAUCAAAGGGACUCAAGCCACGACCAACUUUGUGUACAUGUCCCCUUCCCAUGUCCAAUCUGUUUUACUACCAACAAAAAAUAACUUUGAACAACCUCGGCCUCACAUUUUUGAAACCCCCACUGAACCAGAAAACAGUUCCUUGUCUCUCACUAGCAGCAGUGCUGCUGCUGAUAACUCGGGUUACUUGGCCUGCAUUGUUCCUUAUAACUGCUUGAACCCUCCUUCAAACUCCAUGGAUCAAAACUCCAACCAAUCUCAUUGUGGUAGCUUUGAGGACUUGCCCUUGCCCAAGUCCAAUGAGAUUGAGUUCCCUGGCUUUAUGAGUUCCAAUCAACUCCCGCCUAUUUUCAAUCAUCCUCCAUUGAUGGUUCAAGAUGAUUGCAUGGGAGCUUUUUAUACUCCCAAUGACCAUCCAAGCACCUACACCAUGAUGCCGAGUUUAGGUGAUGUGUUUCAACUCGGGGUAUUCACUUUUCUGAUGUAG